AUGGAUAAAAGCAUGGAGUUGCUGCUGUCAAGACUGGAUGAAAAACUGAACCAACAAACUAAAAUUAUAACGACGACAGUAACGAAAAAUGUUAUGGAGGCAAUAGAUGAGAGAUUAAAAACAAUAACAGAGGAAAAUACUAAACUCAAAGCAAAAAUUUCUACAUUGGAGCAAAAACUUAACAUAAUGGAACUGGAAAAAAGGAAAUAUAACCUGGUCUUUUUUGGAAUUGAGGAGUCUGGUAAACUAGAAGCGGAGAUGGUAGACUACAUAAAGGACAUAAUAAAAGAAACAGGAACACACAUAGAUAGUCAGGAAAUCAAAAACAUAUAUAGGAUCGGCAAAAACAACAAUAAAAGUCGCCCUGUCGUAGUCACCUUAACGUCUUUAUGGAAAAAACAUACCAUAUUGAAAAACAAGGCUAAUCUCCCACCAGGUAUUAAUGUCAAGGAGGAUUACACUAAGGAAGUACUUGAAAAGCGGAAGAAGCUACAACCACAACUAGAAGAGGAAAGGAAGAAAGGAAAUAUCGCUUAUCUUAAAUAUGACAAACUUAUAGUGAAGAAACCAACUGACAAAACCAGAGACAAAAGAAAAAGAGAAGAUUCAGGCUCACCCAAUUCAUCAACCCAAAAGAAAAUAAACUCGAAGAGUGUCUCAAAAGAAAUUAUAAGACCUAAUAUUCUUAACUAUGUUGGACGAGGCAGAACAGCCUCACUGUCUGAAAUCUCAAAAAAC